AUGACUCCCCACCCACGCGUCUCAGCCCAAUACCACAUUGCCCAUAGUGUCUGGCGGCAUGACUACGAGGUCUCAGGGUCGCAUGUUUUCCACGUGGAUAACUCUAGUCUCCGACCGGGCAAGCCAGACCUGACGUUCCACGCCGGCCUGGACACAAACGCCCCCCUUUGCAAAUUCCGACACUUUUCUUCCGACACCGAAAUCGGGCUAGGCGACCCGAGCAAGCCAGGAAUCAGUUGGGAGCGUAUGAGCCGAGAAAGCCUGCGUAAAGUCCAAUACGCCUUCGGGCUAAAUUGUGGUGACGGCCGGCAUCACCGCUUUACAUGGAAAAAGACUAGUUCGCUAGGCGGCAGCCAUUCUGGAAACCUAAAGCUGGUCGACGAGUCGAGUGGGAAUGUGGUCGCCGUCUUUUCCUCGGGUGGAUCCUUCUCGAUGAAGACGGGCCAGCUAGACAUUUAUACGGAUUAUGGUGAACGAUUCGCGAUCAUGGUGCUCAUCUCAGGCAUUGCGCUCCGCGAGAAGUUGAGACGGGCGAAGAACGCUUCUGGGAACAGCGUGGGCUCCGCGGGGGCCGCAGGUGGGGGCUGUUAG